CAGAGAACCAACCACUGCAACAGGGCAGACCGGCAGCGCAGGACCAGGCUCGCGGGCUCUAAAACAGGGAGGCGUAUCCACAGUGCUGGUGAACGGAGCAAGCGCCCCCCCCCCCCCCCCCCCCCCGCUCCCAAACGAGCAACAUUGCAUCCUGAGCCCCGGGGGCUGAUUUCUGCAGACAAAGGGAGCGCUGGCAUUUCUGUGAGCGCGUGUGAGAGGUAGAGGCAGGUGAAGCAAUUACUGACUAGGGGGGAGAGUGCGGUGAGGUGGGAAAAGGCUACACUGUCAUUAACGGGAAACCCAGGAGCUGACGGAAGCUGCCGGCAAACUAAGGAGGGCUGCGUGUCGACACUGAGCUGCAGGUGCGUGGAGGGGAAGGCUGGACAGGAGAGCUAGGUGACGGGAACAGGACAGCCCCAUGCAGAGGGAGCGGCGACCACGCUUCUGGGCUGGGUGUCUGGUGGUGUGAUCCAGCCCCAGGACAUCAGAGAGGGGGGAUGGCAGCCUGUCUGAGGUUAGGCUGGCUCAGCCUAGGCCUGAUACUAGCAAUGGUAGCCCCCUCCCUGUGCCAGGGCUGCCCACAGCACUGCGAGUGUGUGCCACAACUCCGAUCAGUGGCCUGCCCCCAGAAGAGACUAACGUCCAUCCCUGAGGGCAUCCCAAAUGAGACGCGGCUGCUCGACUUGAGUCAGAAUCGCCUCCGCUGGAUCGAGCAUGGUGAUCUGGACCCCUACUCGCAGCUGGAGGAGGUGGACCUGAGUGACAACAUCAUUAGCGUGCUGGAGCCUAAUGCUUUUUCCAGCCUGCGUGGCCUUCGCGUGCUGCAGCUGCGUGGCAACCAGCUCAAGCUGGUACCCAUGGGUGCAUUUUCACGGCUAGCUAACUUGACCACACUGGACCUGAGCGAGAACAAGAUAGUCAUCCUGCUGGACUUCACCUUCCAGGAUCUAUGCAGUCUGCGUCACCUGGAGGUGGGGGACAAUGACUUGGUGUACAUCUCCAAUAAAGCCUUCAUUGGUUUACUGGGGCUGCAGGAGCUCACCAUCGAGAGGUGCAAUCUGACUUCUAUCUCUGGCCAGUCGUUGUCCUACUUGCGUAACCUGGUCACCUUGCGUUUGCGGCAUCUCAGCAUCCCUACCUUGGAGGACCAGAACUUCCACAAACUGGCCAGCCUGCGGGGACUGGAGAUUGACCACUGGCCCUUUCUGGAGUAUAUAUCUCCUUUGAGCUUCCAGGGCCUUAACCUGUCCUGGCUAUCCAUCACAUACACAAACAUCACCUCGGUACCUUCUGCCUCCUUCCGCAACCUGGCCCACCUCACGAGCCUCAACCUCUCGUACAACUCCAUCUCCAUGCUGGGACCCUGGGCUUUCCGGGACCUGGUGCGUCUGAAGGAGCUCCACCUGGUCAGCACCAACCUGGUGUCUGUAGAGUUCAAUGCCCUGAGUGGCCUGAGGCAGCUCCGCAUGCUUAACUUAUCGGGCAACGAGCUCCUCACGCUGGAGGAGGGUGCUUUCCAUUCCGUCAACAGCCUGGAGACACUGCGUGUGGACAAAAAUCCAUUAGCCUGUGACUGCCGCCUGCUGUGGAUCCUGCAGCGUCGCAAGACAAUCAAUUUUGACGGCCAGGCUCCUGUGUGUGCCAGUCCUGCGGAGGUGCAGGGGAAGGGUUUCGGCGCUUUCUCAGACUCUGCGCUAUUCGACCGCUUCACCUGCCAGAAGCCCAAGAUCCGUAACCGCAAGAUGCAGCAGGUGACGGCGCGAGAGGGCCAGCCUGUGUCCUUCCUGUGCCGGGCCGAGGGGGACCCCGCACCUGCCAUUUUUUGGAUCUCCCCACAGAGGCGCAGGAUCACAUCUAGGAGCAGCGGACGUAUCACAGUGCUGCCAGGCGGCACGCUGGAAAUCCGCUAUGCCCAGCUCACUGACAGUGGCACCUACAUCUGCAUAGCCAGCAAUGCAGGCGGAAAUGACACAUAUUUCGCCACACUCACUGUGAGGGGGCUGCCGCUGGACGCCGUCGCCAUGGCCAACCGCAGCUACUAUGCCGGCGACCUCAACGAUACUAACCAAAACGACACGCGCGUCUUCCUAAAGUUUACACUGGACCUCAAAACCAUCCUGGUGUCCACGGCCAUGGGCUGCAUCACCUUCCUGGGUGUGGUGCUCUUCUGCUUCCUUCUGCUCUUUGUGUGGAGCCGUGGACGCGGGCAGCACAAGAACCACUUCUCUGUUGAGUACUCCUUCCGCAAAGCAGACGGCCCCUCCGCAGGUGGGGGCCAAGGAGGGGCACGCAAGUUCAACAUGAAGAUGAUCUGAAGCAAUACGAUGAUGUUCCGACUCCGCCGGGAGCCCCGAGGGCCCCUGGAGCCCGACAUGCACGGCUCUGACUCGCAGAAGCCAAUGCAAACACGAGGGUGCUCGGCUUUGAGGGUCGUGUCAGUCGAUUUUGUCGCUGACGGUUCCGGAAACUCGUUAUUUCGUCGUGCCUCUGAUUUUCGUGGGCAGCUUGAAGUGCAGACAGGCUUUUGUGUAAUUACCCACUUUUCAUAACCAGAUUAUGACUAUUAUUUAUGGUUUAUCUAAGAGAAGUUUAUUGCUAUUUUGUUGUGUCUAGCUCCCUCAAAUCCUUUCAGAUAUUGAAGUCAUAUAUGUUCAAUAGUUCUUUGAUUAAAUGAAAGAAAGCACACUUGUCAGUCCUUUGAAAGGCAUGGGUAGGAAGAGCGUGUACUUUCAAACCGUUUGUUUUUAUCUUUCCCUUCUGAAGGAUUUUACUGUUGGAAAUUUUAAGGCAAUAGAAGCUCUCUCUCUUGUACAAUAUCUGGCCACUGGCUGAACUCUUUCAAUACCCUUCUAAUUCGUGUCAUAUUGGUUUGCCAAGAUUCAUUCGAAACAAUAAAGUUAUUUUUCAGCACUGCAAUUAUGUAAAUGAUUGUGAGAGCGGCUUCGUCUCAGUCACCCCAGAUGGAGUGGAAGGAGCCUGAAGCUCGUGCUCUCGUUGACAGUAACAAUAUGUGACGAGUCCACAGCUCUGCAGAAAAAGCCCCAUCACAUCAACACUGCUCUGUCUCUAAAGGCUGACCUCACAGGGGUACGUCUUCAGAAUCCCCUUUGAACCUGUACAUAUUUUGUAGCAGCCAAAGAUAUACAUGUGUCAUUGCAUGUGAACACGCAAUGGGUAAAAUAUCAUAUCGAACCCAGUCGAAGUAUGAUGAAAUAGAAUUUAUUUCCAUGCCGGUUAGGCAAACACAUGAAGGUGAUAGAUUAAAGAUGAGAUGGUGUUGGUUAUGUGUAAUGCAGCCUGGUUAAAGUCUGCAGUCUGACUGAUGAAUUUAAAUGGCUUUGCUGUAUUUCAUGCAUAGCUUAAGCAACGAUGGGCAUGAGACCUUCCAUAAUAUGGAUGUAAGCUAAGCACCAACAUCAGCAUUGAGGAAGCAAUACAUUCAGGUUCAUAAAUGCUUAUGUGCUCCACCAAAACUACCAGCUAACCCCAAGCUUUUGAUUUUGCGGGGAAAAGCUCUUAACUGGUAAUCUCCUUUUUCCAGACAGACUACAUAAACAGACUACAGUGCAUUUUCAGAUGCUUUUAGUAGGGUAGUGUUAUUUUCUAUUUGUCCCUUUUUAGAUAGAAUAUGACGUUACCUAAUGUAAUUAUUUUGCUUAUCUGUACUAAAUUGCUUCUGUAAUUGUAUAGAAAAUUACUUGAACAGACAAAAAUAAAAAAACCAGCAGUAAAACGUGUGCCAUCUGCACACAUACCAACUAGACCAUACGGAGCAAUUCUGAAACCACACAGUGUGAUUUAGCACUUUGCAAUAUGGAAAGUACAAGCACUAACCCUACCAAACCGUGACCUGAGGGAAUCGCCGAAACCCUAUACUUAUGAACACAAUAUUUUUUCACAGAAAAAAAGUCACAUAACAUCACACAAGCAUCAUGGGGUGAUUUUCAGAUUCAGUAGAUGCUCCUCUACUAUAGAUGAACUUUAUCAAGAUAUAGAAUGAGCAGCCACAGAAUAGUCUAUAAGGUCCUAGACACACUCUGCAAACCAAACGGCAUGAAAUUGAGCUCAAACAGACCAAAUAGCACAAAGAAUGCGGUUUGAUGGUGAACUAAAUUUGUCACUGGUCCCUAGUUGUAAUUAGUGAAAUCACUGGCGGAGAACCACUUAGACUGUAAAACCGUGUCCAAUGAUCUUAUAUUUCACAAGCAUGAUAGUUUGGUAUCUCCUAUCCAUUGCAAUCUAGGUAGCCCAAAAACGGCUUCAAAUCUCUCUUAAGAACAUAAUAUUAUUUAUGUUGGUGGUAGCUUGUCAUGAGAACUAUAAUGCCAUGCAGUGGAAUUUGAUGCUCUUUAGAGAACACAACAUUAUAAUGGUGAAACAGGAUCUUCUACUGGAGAUAGUGAAAUGCGUGUGACCAUUGACAUGCUUCAUUGUCAUAUUACAGCUCACAUUUAUCACUGUGACACACACUAGCCAUUUAGAACUGUGUGAGGAAUGACUAAUCCAGGAAUCAGUGAUGUACUACCUUUUGGAACCUGGUGCUGGAGUUGUGGGAUGUACUUUGCCCUAAUAUUAUCUAAUCCUAUCUGGAUGCAGACUCUUGUUGAUCUCAAAGCAAUGAUCAGCCAUAGUACUAAAGAACCAGAAGAUGGCAUCAUCACAAUUGCCGCAGCAACUCAUGUAGGAGUAAAGGUCUCAGAGUUGACAUGUGCAGGAAGCACUAAAAUAACCUGGCUGGAAAUGAACUUCACCAAAAUCUUUAUGUACACUUUGAGAUAACUCGCAUAUGGAAAUCCCAAGCCUCUUUUCAGGCUGUGCCUGGAACCGCCCGCACAAAGUCGUCAUCCCCCAAAGGCUCUGAGAGUAUAAGCAGAUAAAAGUUUCUCAUUGUGUGCACGACUUCUGAGAGCUCUUGCACCACCUGCUAAAAAGCACACAACUUUCUUUAGAAACCAGCAGGUGAAAACGAUCUAUGCACAAAAGCUUCAAUGAAGCUGGAUUUUACUGACUUUGCAGUACCUGAAGCCAAUAGUUAACACCUUAGUCAGACUUGAAUUCUAUCACCUAUAUCAUCUAAGAGAAAUUCAAGAUCCCCCACUCAUCCACCUUUGAACAGGAGGGGGGUGAUCUGGCUGCACCAUCACAUGUCGUGCUGACUCAGAUUCACAAAGAAAGCUAUAAAUGCAUGCCACUGCACCCCCAUAGCAUUGCAGCUAUUUAUACACCAGCUGCACGUGGUGCUGCUCUAUUCUAUUGAGAGAGAUCAGUGCACAAUGGGAAGGGCAGCACGUUUACCAUCUGUGGACUACUCAGUUUAAAAAAGCUUAAGGCGUUUUUAACAAUCCAUCUGUAACUACAAAUCGAUACAAUAUCAAUCCUCCCACUGCUCCAGUUCCACAUGUAAGCUACUGUACUGUCUGUCAUGUAUAUAGUCCAUCAUUCCCUUCACAUUCUUCCCACAUAUACAUUAUAUGGACAAAA